CAACUGGGAGUUGUAGUGCACACUGGGAGUUGUAGUCCUGGGAUAUUUGCAGCUUUAGAAGGGAAGCCUUGCAUAAUUUGGGGUGUUUUUUCUUUUAUUUUAGGGGGGAAGGAUGUCCUUCAAGAGGGAAGGAGACGACCCCAGCCAGCUCAACGUCCUCAAGAAAAGAAGAGUUGCGGACCUUUUGGCCAACUCUAUCCCGGAAGACGAAGCCUUGCUCCUGAGAGAUGGCAGGUACAGCUGCAGCGUCUGCUUCCACAGGCCAGUCUUUGACACUCUUGACAUGCUUACGGUCCACCGUUCCGGGAAGAAGCACCUGCUCAGUUUGCAGAAGUUUUACGGGAAGAAGCGUUUGCUUGAGAACGAAAUUGAGAAGCGCCAGCACGAAGCCUACCUCCAAGCGGAAGCAUCCGGGUCACAGCUGACCCCGGGCCCGGCUCCUUUACUGGCAUCGACCAAGAAAAUCACCCAAAAUGCUUUAUUGAAAGCCGCCCCGUAUAACAGUUGUUGUCGGCGGACGAGGGAGACCGGAAGCGAGCCAAACCCAAGUAACUCCCGGAUCCAUAUGUUAUCGCAACACACCGAGAAGGGAGACGGGUCCGAAUCCGGGAACUCUGCGCCAACGAAGGUGGAAAACAGCCCCGCUAUCACAGAAACCAUACAAACAGUACAUCUUCCAGGGUCAGAUUCAUUGAAAGGUUCUCCUUUAGAGAAGGAAGGCAGCCGUAGGAAAAAGGCCUCUUCUCCCAAAGGCAGCGAGCUCACUCCAGAAAAGCGGCGCGUCCUCGAACAUUAUCUGAAGCUAAAAAGCUCUGGUUGGGUCCAAGAUGGCACCGGGAAAUGGGUCAAAGACGAGAAUGCCGAAUUUGACUCCGACGAAGAGGAACCUCCACCUCUGGCGCCGUUGUGACCGCUUCACCCCUGGACGGGACCUUUGCAGAAAUGCCGCCAGCCAAACACGUUCCCCAACAAAAGGUUUUAUUUCAGGUGAUGGAUUGAUGAUAAAGAGGAAAAUGGGUCCCAA